AGGGAUGAAGCCGGCACCGUCGUCAAGCACAAGGCUCGCCUGGUGGCACGAGGCUUCGUGCAGCAGGAGGGAGUCGACUUCGACGAUGCCUUCGCUCCCGUGGCACGAAUGGAGUCCGUGCGACUCCUCCUUGCGCUGGCUGCCCAGGAGAGCUGGCGCGUCCAUCACAUGGACGUCAAGUCGGCGUUUCUUAACGGCGACUUGAAGGAGGAGGUCUGUGCACCAGCCACCGGGAUUCACGAUUCUCGGCAAGGAGGGCAAGGUGCUACGCCUGCGCCAGGCCCUCUAUGGCUUGCGGCAGGCACCACGGGCAUGGAAUGCAAAGUUGGAUUCCACGCUCAAGGGGAUGGGCUUCGAGCAAAGCCCGCACGAGGCGGCCAUCUACCGGCGGGGCAAUGGAGCAAAUGCCCUGCUGGUGGGUGUCUACGUCGACGACUUGGUGAUCACCGACACCAAGGAUACGGAGGUGGAGGCGUUCAAGGAAGAGAUGAAGGACACCUUCCAGAUGAGCGACCUGGGGCCUCUCUCCUUCUACCUGGGGAUCGAGGUGCACCAGGACGACUCCGGGAUCACGCUUUGACAGACUGCCUACACCAAGCGCGUCGUUGAGCUAGCUGGGCUCACCGAUUGCAACCCAGCUCUCACUCCGAUGGAGGAAAGGCUGAAGCUGAGCCGUGACAGCACGGCGGAGGAGGUGGAUGCUACCCAGUACCGGUGCCUUGUGGGGAGCCUUCGC